AUGAGAGCCCUGUUCAUGCACAACGUGCAGCGAGUGGGUCUCAGGUUUAACUAUAAGCAAGAACCAUACGACGACCCGAGAGUGCGACAGGCACUAUGGCUGGUCAUCGACAAGGACGAGGUCGUCGAAAAAGUCCUCCGAGGCAAUGGCAAUAUUGGCACCCAUUUUAACGUUGGGUUUGCGCCCAAUGAGAGCUUUGAUGAGCUUUACACGUUGCCAGGCUACCAGCGAGACCCAGACGGCACCCAAGCGGAUGCUGACAUAGCCGAGGCCAAGAGGCUUAUGGCAGAAGCAGGAUACCCCGAUGGGUUUAGCGAUGAACUGAUAACGAACGUUAUAGGAUGCUCGCCGCCUACGGCUCAGUUGGUGAGCCAACAGUGGAAAGAACACCUGAACGUGGACAUGACCAUUAGCCAAUACGACACGGCCACCCUCUACGUGAGGUACCGGGAUACCACCUUUGGGGUCCUCGCUCCCUGCGGCUCCGGCAUAAUCCUUCCCGAUCCCUCGGACAUCCUUAACCAGUGGUAUGGGAAGGACACGAUGCGGAACGCCCUGAACUGGACAACGCCUCGGUUCGAGGAACUAAAAGAGGCCCAAGUCAGAGAGUUGGACCCGGAGAAGCGCAAGCUGAUCUUCGCGGAAAUGGUAGAUGUCCUCCGCGAGGAGGUCUCCCACUACCUGCCGAUAGGCUGGAUGCACGCCGGUGGGGCUCUAGACUACCGAAUCAGAAAUUACCACGUACCCAGGACCAUCCAGCUGGUCCACAAAUGGGAUCAAGCUUGGUGGGAUGAGAAUGCCGAGAAACCACCGGUGGGCACUGGGUACCAGCCUUAG